AUGUAUGCACGCAGCCAGCGGGCAGAAACGCGUAAUCGUGCGAAAGAUGAAUUGAAACGGGUCAUUAAUUCGGUAGAUAAAGUUCGGAAAUGGGAAAAGAAAUGGAUUGUCGUUAAAGAUACUCAAAUAAAGUUGUUUCGGUGGGUUCCGGUAACUGCAACAGCGAAUAUUACAAAAAUACCACAGAAGUCUAUAGUGCAAGAUCAAGAUGAAAGCACAACAAUUGCGUCGUCGGAAAAUACUCAAGACUCUACUGCAUUAGAGAAUAGCGAUGUAACACGAGUUCGUGUCUUUGGUAAUUUGAAUGACGACUCUAACACUGGUUUCUCAGAAGGAGGAUUCGAUAGUGACUCGAACCAGACAUUUGAAGCGGUUGGUUUUCAAAAUCAAAGCAACAACAGUGGUACUCCUAAUGGUUCGACAGAUUUCAGUGAAAUGCGACAGCAGGAACAGGAAUCAACGGAAAUUAAAUCAUGA